UACAACGUGUUGCAUAAACGCGGAAUCGGCGGUUCUCAAUCUCAAGGAGCAGUUUAUGUAGUUUAUUAGUAAACUCUUUGCUCAGUUUCUAAGCAAAGUGUCCUUGUGUCUGUAACCUAUUUCUCAUUAAACACAUUUCCUUAAGUUACAAAAGUCAUUCAAACAUGAGUGACGAUAAUGAAAGAGACAGUAGGAAGAUGAAAAGAAAAACAGGUCCGGAUGAUUUAAAGGCGCCUGGGAAGAAGAGACAGAAAAUAAAAGACAAAAACGAAGAAAAGAGCGUCGCAGUGAAGAAAUCAGACGGUCUCAUUGGUAAAGCUGACUCUACAAAAACUAAUGUGACGCUUUCUAGCAAAGACAAGGACAAAGGGAAAAAAAAUAAAUCUGCCCACUCAACAGACUGGUCUGAGGAUGAUAAGAAAAACGACUCAGAUGGUGGCAAAAAUACCUCUGAAAUAAAGAGGAAUGAGAAAGGACAACUUGUGUUUAAAGACCACCCAGAGUUCACACCUAACAUGUCUCCUAAAGAGGUUUUACAGGCCGGCAGUUUUGGGGGUACCUAUUUUAGGCCCAUCUACUCCAGUAUCACAAAGCAACAUUACAAAGAUGUUUGGCAGGAGAUUCCCAAAGACUGGCUGGAUGGGCUAAACAUCUCUAAACAGGUGGCUUCAUCCACAUACAGGGAAAACGUGAACACCUAUAAUGUAAAAUGUGGAGGCAGUCUAGAUAUGUGGGAAAGCAGUGGCUGGAUUGUGCCCCAAGAUCCAUAUGGCUGGUUCCAGUGGUACUGCAGCAGGUUUUACCAGGGCAGGCGAACAGAGGACGAUGCACGCCAGAUCAGUCGCUGGGCCAAAUGUGCAGGAGUCAAAGGUCGGUGGCGGCAGAAUCUCAUCACAAAAGUGGUCCGGUCUGGUUGUGCUUAUGACAACCCCAGUGUUUCCCCGGUGGUCAGACAGACUCUGCAGCACUGGGGCUACAAACUCACCCUGGAGGACUAUAAGGAAGGAGCAAAGAGAGUUAAACCCAAAUAGGAUUAACAAACUUCCAAAUUGGCCUCAUUCGAUUGAUCACAUAGUGCAGAAGAAAGCUGGCCUUACUGCAUGGAAAUAAACUCACAAAUCUGAUUAAAUCAUUGAUGCUUUGUGUGACUGAGGGACUUGUUUAGCUGAGUAGACCUGUGGUAAUAGUACUGCUGUACUUGGUUCCCAUUGGACGUGUUUUCUGUAAGCUGUUUUGGUAAACAGAAAAGUUAGAAUAAUGGUCUAUUUUUAAAAUUUGGAUCCAAAGCAGAAGCAGGCAUUAAUUGUUUUUUCUUGUCGCAGUUGUACACUUGCGUGCCUUGGAGG